AUGGAUUCUGUUUCUAUGACACCUAGUACACCAACGCGUUCAUCGUUUUCUUCCUUAGAUGACCAUGCACGGAAAAGGCGACUGUUUUCUGGGAAUGAAAGCAUCAUUAGUGAUUCAAUGUCCAAUGAGUCCUACUCACCUCAAUCGCAAAUCAACAAUGCUUCCGCAUUCGAAGACAGUCCACAUACGCCAUUGAUGAAUCCUAAGAAAAAUGUGCGCUUAUCUACUACUUUACGACGUGGAUUGUUCUCUCGAAUGGAUGUCGACGAAAAAAAACCACCGGGACUCCUUCCUAGUCUUUUAGACUGUAAAAGAAAAGAUAGUGAUCAACGUCAAGAGAAUAUAACACCUUUAGAUAAAAAUCAUACAAAUUUUUCUGGUGCACUUAGUACAGGGCUCUUGUCGAAACGCGAAAAACAAAUGUUAUGGGAAAUCAAUUCAACUAACCCAAAAAGCGAACAACCUCACACACCCUGUAAACGCAUUUCUCAUAUGAGCAGUGGUUACCCAGAAUCCCCAACGUCCCCUUCUUCCCUACUACUUCGCAGGAAGUGCCCUGGUCCUGAUUUUUUGCAAUGCUUGAAGUCCGAAAAGUCGGCAUCUGAGGAUUUGGAAGACAGCAUGGAUAUGCUACCAUUGCCAACAUUUUCUUGUAGCCCUGAUGAGUACAUGAGUACUUAUAAUACGCCAACUAAGUCUCAAUCUAUUUUUCUACAUACUCCCCCUACGACAAGUUGGAAAGAAGAUGAGGACGAAGAUGAAGAUGAAUCGUCAUCGCUGAGUUGGACACCUACAAGUCCAAACCUCUUUAGUACAAUGAGUCAUGAUGAGUUUAAUGAUGUCGACCGCUGUACCGAAAUGCUGUAUGGCCGAUUUUGCCAGGUGAAAUUGUUGCGCGAAAGUGAUUUCUCUUAUGUUUACAAGGUUUCAAAAAUGGCUGAAGAUUUUUCGAUUGUGAAAAUUGUGAAGAGAAAAGGUAAUAGCACGAAGGAAACUAUGCGACAAAUUCAGGAAGCCAAUAUUCUGAAUCAGGUGCGCGACUCUCCGCGCAUUGUGAACAUGGUCGACUUUUGGGAACAUAAAGAUCAACUUUUUCUUCAACUAGAAUAUUGCGAAAAUGGUGAUUUAGGCACAUUUUUAACGGAACUGGGUUUAAUGCAAGUACUCGAUUCGUUCCGUGUUUGGAAAAUUCUAUUACAGUUGGGCCAGGGUUUAUUCUACUUGCAUAGGCUCGGAGUUGUGCAUCUAGACGUGAAGCCUUCGAAUGUGCUUAUUACCCGCGAAGGAAAUCUAAAAAUUUCCGACUUUGGUUUAUCUUCAAGUCUUCCAGUUUCUUCAUUGUCAGACUUGGAGGGGGACAGGAUGUACAUAGCACCGGAAGUAUUAAUGAUGCAUGCUUAUGAUAAACCGGCCGAUAUUUUUUCUUUGGGCCUUAGCAUGAUUGAGGCAGCGACCAACGUGGUUCUUCCAGACAACGGUCUCGAAUGGCAGCGAUUACGCUCAGCCGAUUUUUCUGAUUUGCCAAAGUUAACACAGUUCCUGACACCCCAGGAACAGAUGUUACUGUCGAAAACGGCUUGUGCUGAGUCUCUUGAAAAAAUGCUUUAUAGAAUGAUAGCACCAGAUCCAGAAGAUCGAAUCACUGCUGAACAGCUGCUAAGCACGGAUGAAAUCGGGUAUGUGCAUGAACAAUCAAAAUUACCAGCGAUCAUUUUUGAAGAUCGUUCUUCCUGGCUGGAAACCACUCUUUAG